CAACAAACACAUGGAAAAUGAAACAAACAAUUAGAUUCACAAAUGAUUUUUGAAGUGUCACACUAACUCAAUUCCCAUGGCACCGUCCUCCCCUCCAUCUCCUCCUGCCGCCGACAAUUCUGACGCCGAGCGUCGCCUUCGCGAAGCAGAAGAGCGCCUCCGCGACGCCAUCGAGGAGCUUCAGCGCCGUCAACGACGCGCCGCUGCUCAUGCUUACCACCACCUCCACAACCAUAAUAACCUCGACUCCCCUCCCUGCGAUCACGGUCCCGAUGAAUCAUGCAUCGCUCACGCCAUUGGCAACCUCUGUCAGACCUUCCUUCUCUCCUAUGGUGUUAGGGUCGGCAUUGGGAUUCUCCUUCGUGCUUUCAAGCUUGUUCGAAGGCAAUCCUACUCCUCUCUCCUUGAUCUCAAGCAACUUGUUUCCGAAAAAGACCUAAUAGUGAGGGAAGAAGCGUGUCGUAUUGGUUUACUUUUUGGUGGUUUCACCGGAUCUUAUCAUGCUCUUAGAUGCUUGUUUAGGAAGUUGAGAAAGAAAGAGACACCACUGAACGCAAUUUUAGCAGGUUCAGUUGCUGGUUUCUCAAUUCUGGCACUAAAUGAUUCAAAUAGAAGGCGCACACUGGCUUUAUAUCUGUUAGCUAGGUUAGCCCAGUGUGCUUAUAAUUCGGCAAAAGCAAAGAACAAGUUUCACCUUUGGGGAAGUCAUUGGAGACAUGGAGAUUCUUUGCUGUUUUCUCUUGCUUGUGCACAGGUUAUGUAUGCCUUUGUAAUGCGUCCUGAGAGCUUGCCGAAAUCCUAUCAAGAGUUCAUUCAAAAGACUGGGCCAGUUGCAGAGCCUGUGUACAGGGCUGUAAGGGAUAGCUGCAGAGGUCAUCCAGUUGACGUUGCUUCACUACAUGCUUUCUUAUCUCACAAAGGAAAAUCUGACUAUGUAAAGUUGGAAGAAUUUCCCUCUAUUAUUCCUUGUUCCAUCAUUCAUGCAGGAACAAAUUCAUGUUUAGCUCAUGAAAUAAAUGCAACAUCAUCAACGUUUAAGAAGACAUUCCCACUUUACUUCUCUUUGACCUUUGUCCCAUUUGUCGUUCUGCACCUACAAAAGUUCACUGCAGCUCCUUUCCGCACUUUCUGGUUUGCCGUUAAAGGGGCCGUUCGCUCAACAGCCUUUUUGUCUGCUUUUGUUGGAAUCUUUCAGGGAGUCAUAUGUUUUCAUAGAAAACUUGCUUCAAGAGAUCACAAAUUGGUGUAUUGGAUAGCAGGUGGAAUAUCUGCCCUUUCAGUUCUAUUGGAGAAAAAAGCAAGGCGUGGUGAGCUAGCUUUAUAUGUUCUUCCCCGAUCAGUAGAUUCAUUAUGGUAUAUCUUGGUUAACAGGCACCUGCUUCCAAAAAUUAGGAAUGCUGAGGUAUUUUUGUUUUCUCUCUGCAUGGGACAGAUAAUGUAUUACUUGGAAUAUGAGCCAGAAACCAUGGCCCCAUUUCUUAGGGGCCUGAUCCGCCGCUUCCUUGCCAGCAGAAUUAGCAAUCCAAGCCGACCACCUAAUCGGACUACUUCUUACACAUACCUACAAGCUCUUGAUGGCGUGACGAAGCCGACAUUACAAGAGAGAAGGGACACUGAAUCUUCUUCUUCAGAGAAGUACAAUCUUGAGUCUAUUCCAGGGCUUUGACAUUCUAUUUUGGGUCUUUUUUAUAGAGGGGGUUCUAGGAGAAGGGGACCGUCUCUCUGAACUUCUAUUUCUUUUAGGUUUAUAGGAUAUCCUGGUAUUCAAUCUUUAGCUAUGCCAACAAGUUGGUUAUUUAGGGAACCAAGUUCUAUAAUAAUAUCAUUAUUGGCUCCGCAUUUUUUUAAAUUGAUUGUUCGUGAGUUUGUUCUUGAUGUUCAGAUGGAUUGUAAUUUUUUUAAAUCAAAAUAGUGCUUGGUUGUUUUGUUUUAGGAUUAA